UCCAGAGUCUGGGAGUGUAAGAUGAGACGGGGGAAGGUGGGCCUCAUUCUGGCGGAGGGCAAGGAGGAACUUCCUGCUGGUGCGCUCCACCGUGCAGAGCCCUAAGCGCGCGGGCUGGCAGGCUGCGGCGCGUCAAGGUCAGCCUGGAGCUGGGUGGUGGCCUGCCUGGGGGCGGGGGACCCUACUGGGGGGCCGGGCUGAGGCCUCUCAGCGCCUCCGCCAUAUUGAAUAGCCUCGACUGGACCGUCUUUGUCUGCGAAGUCCUCUCCCAAGUUCCAACCGCGUCCCAGGGGCCUGGGGCAGGAAGAAUCGCUGGCAGCCCGCGCGCCACAACUUGGAGCUGGGACACCACGUUUCCAGCUUGGAGUGGGCCUUGAACCUUGGGACUGACCUCGCCCCCGGCUCACGUAGGCAUCCUGGAAAUUGAUUCUCCCAAGUUCUUGGUGGAGGAGCCGGACUUGGUCAAGACUGGACUUGUUGCAGGAGAAGAGAUUGGAGGCGUUGGCUCGUCCCUGGCUGGGGAGGUGAGACUCUGCGGUCAGCGUUGCUGGGACUCCCCCCAUCCAGUCCCUCCCUCAAGACUAAGGGCUACAGUAGUUUGUUGGGGCUCUUUGCUCCCUCACCCCAGAUAUCACCCUGGAGAUCUUAAAGACUCUCGAGAAAAGCCACGUGGGGGGCUGGUUCCCCUGGGGCUUCCUCCCGUCCCCCGACUGCCUCAUUCUUUGGAGCGUCCCCGAUGUCUGCAAAGAUGUGGAUUUGGACGUCCUCGUGGAAGCCCUAAAACCCGUGGGAACAUUUAAGAAGAUCGGCAAGGUGUUCCGCAAGGAGGAGGACUCCACGGUGGGGAUGCUGCAGAUCGGGGAGGACGUCGACUAUUUGCUCAUCCCCCGGGAGGUCAGGCUGGCCGGGGGCGUCUGGAGAGUCAUCUCUAAGCCUGCCACCAAGGAAGCAGAAUUUCGGGAGCGGCUGACCCAGUUCCUGGAAGAACAGGGCCGCACCCUGGAGGACGUGGCCCGCAUCAUCGAGAAGAGCACCCCGCACCCGCCCCAGCCCCCCAAAAAGCCCAAGGAGCCCCGAGUGAGGAGGAGAGUGCAGCAGAUGGUGACUCCUACGCCCCGGCUGGUCGUGGGCACGUAUGACAGCAGCAACGCCAGCGACAGCGAGUUCAGCGACUUCGAGACCUCCAGAGACAAGAGCCGCCAGGGCCCGCGGCGGGGCAAGAAGGUGCGCAAAAUGCCCGUCAGCUACCUGGGCAGCAAGUUCCUGGGAAGCGACGUGGAGAGCGAGGAUGAUGAGGAACUGGUGGAGGCAUUUCUCCGGCGACAGGAGAAGCAGCCCCCCGCGCCGCCUGCCCGCCGCCGCGUCAACCUGCCAGUGCCCAUGUUUGAGGACAACCUGGGACCUCAGCUGUCCAAGGCGGACAGGUGGCGGGAGUAUGUCAGCCAGGUGUCCUGGGGGAAGCUGAAGCGGAGGGUGAAGGGUUGGGCGCCGAGGGCGGGCCCCGGGGUGGGCGAGGCCCGGCUGGCCUCCAUCCCAGUGGAGAGCGCAGAGGUAUCCUCCGGCACCAGCCCCGGGGAUCCCGGGGAUCCUGUGGAAAAUGUGGGAGAUGUCUGUGCCCCGCAGGCCUCCCCUAGGCGAUGGAGGCCCAAGAUCAACUGGGCCUCGUUUAGGCGCCGCAGGAAGGAGCAGACAGCGCCCACAGGUCAGGGGGCAGACAUCGAGGCUGAUCAGGGGGAAGAGGCUGCAGAUAAUCAGAGGGAAGAGGCCAUAGCUGACCAGAGGGAAGAGGCUGCAGGUAAUCAGAGGGAAGAGGCCAUAGCUGACCAGAGGGAAGAGGCUGCAGGUAAUCAGAGGGAAGAGGCCAUAGCUGACCAGGGGGAAGAGGCUGCAGGUAAUCAGAGGGAAGAGGCCAUAGCUGACCAGAGGGAAGAGGCUGCAGGUAAUCAGAGGGAAGAGGCCAUAGCUGACCAGGGGGAAGAGGCUGCAGCUAAUCAGAGGGAAGAGGCCAUAGCUGACCAGGGGGAAGAGGCUGCAGGUAAUCAGAGGGAAGAGGCUGCAGAUAAUCAGAGGGAAGAGGCCAUAGCUGACCAGGGGGAAGAGGCUACAGAUAAUCAGAGGGCAGAGGCCCCAGCUGACCAUAGGCCACAGGGUGCAGAUAACCUGAGGGAAGAGGCCCUAGCUGACCAGGGGUCAGAGGCUACAGAUCCUCAAAGGGAAGAGGCCAUACAUGACCAGAGGGAAAGGGCCCCAGCUGUCCAGGGUGCAGGUAAUCAGAGGGCACAGGCCCGGGCUGGCCAAAGGGCAGAGGCUGCACAUAAUCAGAGGGCACGGGCCCCAGGUAUCCAGGAAGCUGAAGCCUCAGCUGCCCAAGGGGCCACAGGAACAGCUUCAGGAGCCAGGGCCCGGAAACAGGUCAAGACAGUGAGGUUCCAGACCCCUGGACGCUUUUCGUGGUUUCGCAAGCACCGGAGAGCCUUCUGGCACACUCCCCGGUUGCCAACCCUGCCCAAGAGAGUCCCCAGGGCAGGCGAGGCCAGGAGCCUCAGGGUGCUGAGGGCCGAGGCCAGAGCAGAAGCUGAACAGGGAGAGCGAGAAGACCAGCUGUGAGGCGAGGGCUAGAGACAGCCCACGGGCCCUCCCUACAAGCGUGGGAGAGAAAGUUGCUCUUUCUGCCUCUGAACUUGAAAGUGGAGUUGGAGUGCUGCCCACAUCUCCACCUUACAACCCUCUUUAUUCUCUUGUUAAAGUUUUGUCUCAUGCGUUGAUUUUUAAAAAGUUUUUUAGAGACAGGGUCUCACUCUGUUGCCCAGGCUGGAGUGCAGUGGCAUGAUCACUGCAGCCUCAAACUUCUGGCCUCAAGUGAUCCUCCUGCCUCGGCCUCCCAAAGUGCUGGGAUGACAGGUGUGAGCCACCACGCGUACCACCUGAUAAAAAAUAUAUAUAUAUAUAUAUAUACUGAUUCCUUGUAGCAACCCAAAAAAUGUAAAGAAAGAAUUCGAUACAAGGGGGUUCCGUCAUCUAUAGUUUUAAUUUCCUCAAAUGCAACUCAAGGUGCUCAGCUUGAUAAAAGGAGAGCGGGAGGGCAGGGGAGAAAUUGCCUGCUUUUCCUGUCCCUUUUUUGCCUGCACACUUAACGUGGACUGCCUCCUUGGACUUAAAAAGAGGACUUGAGCCAACAUGCAAAUAAAAAAACAUUUAUGAACUGGUUUCUUAGCUUUGGACUUGGCAACUGACGAAUGCUCUGGGGGUGACCCGGCCCUUCCUGUCCGUUCUACUCCCAUCCUUGAAGAUGGAGACACCUGUGUUUAUGUUGUCACUUCGCUUGCCAUCCUCAUGCCCCUGGACUCCGCUGCUUUGGAGGGGACAGGGCCCUUGGUUUGCAUACCUCUCCCGAUCUUGGUUGUAAGGUACAGUAAAAGCAUCUGAAAAAUGC